CCUGCCGCGGGGGCCGGGGGCGGGCACGGCCGGAGCCGGAGGAGCCUCCCGCACCGGAGAGGGUAUGGGCCUUUUACCAAGCUAGUCCAGGCUAGGAUGGCUGUUCGACUAACAGCAGCUGAAACUCUGGCUGUUCAGGGUACCCAGGGACAAGAGAAGAUUACCAUGUUGGAGCCAAAGGAAGAGGAGCAGCCUUGGGAUUGCGAGAGCAGGCCGCCUGGGAACCACUCUGCCAGCCAAGAGGUCUUCCGCCAGCGCUUCAGGCAGCUCUGCUACCAGGAGACUCCUGGUCCCCGGGAGGCCCUGAGCCAGCUACGAGUGCUCUGCUGCGAGUGGCUGAGGCCAGAGACACACACCAAGGAGCAGAUCCUGGAGCUGCUGGUGCUGGAGCAGUUCCUGACCAUCCUGCCUGAGGAGCUGCAGGCCUGGGUGCGGGGACAUCACCCCAAGAGCGGAGAGGAGGCUGUGACUGUGCUGGAGGAUUUAGAGAAAGGACUUGAACCAGAACCGCAGGUGGGAAGGGGGAUUGGAUCUGUUGUGGGAGCCACGUCAGUGACCUGCAGGCUGGACAGAGGGACAGCAGUAGGGGGAGUUGCCAAGUUCCAACCCGGCCAGGUCCCAGGCCCUGCACGUGGACAUGCGCAGGAAGAGCCAUGGGAGAAGAAGCCACCUCUGGGAGCAACUCAGGAGACACGGAACAUUCCGCUGCAGCCUAAGGAGACCCAGCUCAAGUGUGAAUCUCGGGACCCCCAGCCUUUCCCACCGAGUGCACAGGAAUAUUUACAUUUUCCACCAGUUGUUAUAGAAGACGGUGCAGAGCCCAAGGACAAAGGUGCAUUGCCAGAGCCACCCAGUACUGAAGCGGAACCACAGGCGUCCUCAGAAACACUAGCCACCGCCUCCUUCACCUCCACACUCGAAGCUACCUCUCAAGUUGAAGGCACCUUAGAACAGCAGCAGAGAAAUCCCAAAGCGGGGAGACCGAGGCAGUCCCCUGCCCAGGGAGCAAGUUUGAGGCAGAUGGUCGUCACCCACAAGAAAACUCCCUCAGGGAAGAAAGACCAUGAAUGUAAUGAAUGCGGUAAAGCCUUCAUUUAUAACUCACACCUUGUAAUCCACCAGCGGAUCCAUUCUGGAGAGAAGCCCUACAAAUGCAGUGACUGUGGGAAAACUUUCAACCAGAGCUCAAACCUCAUUCAGCACCAGAGGAUUCACACAGGGGAGAAGCCCUACGAAUGUCACGAGUGCGGGAAGGCCUUCAGGUGGGGUGCUCAUCUUGUUCAGCACCGGAGGAUCCACUCCGGAGAGAAGCCCUAUGAGUGUAAGAAGUGUGGGAGGGCCUUCAGCCAGAGCUCCUAUCUAAGUCAGCAUCUGCGGAUUCACAGUGGAGAGAAGCCGUUUGUUUGUCAAAGAUGCGGGAAGGCCUAUAGGUGGAGCUCAGAGCUUAUCAGACACCAGAGAGUUCAUGCUGGCCCAGAGCCUGCCCAGUCUGUGCAGGGUGAGCGAGCCUCCAGAAAGACUUUUGUCUAAUCUUUAGGAUUGGAUUCCAUAAAAGUUAAAAG